CCGUAAGCCACUGAUACUGGCCACAGGUUUUUAGAAAACCUUUCAACGAAAUUAGAGUUUCUGUACAAUGUUAUUUAGAACGCAAGAUCGGACUUAAUGCCCGUAAAAACUCAAUACUAAACAAACGGAAAAUUUAAUCUCAAGAGUUCACAUUUCGAAAAUUCUACUAGAAUAAACUAACCAUUCUUUUUAAUUAAUAACAUAUAAACAUGUAAAAUAGAAUCUAAAUUUAAUUUAAUUAAGUAAGGCUCAUUUUUGCACUUUCCUGGGGGUUUUGUUUUGCUCUUUUCGACCUUUUACUGUGCUAAGAAGAUAAGAACGUGUUUAUCAACAGAGGAAUGCUAUCUUGUGACAAUAAUGAGUUUGAAUUGUCUGGGAAUAUCAACUCAUAAACAAUAAUAAAAUUACUCUUCCUAAACACAGAAUAGUAGCAAAAAAAUGCAAGAGCAUGAAAAAACGGAGCUAAACCCACAAAGCGUCCAUCAAAAAAUGGUAAAGUUGUUCAUGUUACAACGCGUCCCAGUAGCUAGUCAUGUUUCUGUUCAUUACGGAAAUAAUAUUAUGCGGUAAGAAAGCAUCAAACUACUACCAGUAUCUUUCAGUGCCGACCAGCCUCUCCUGUCUGUUGCAUUAUCAACUUCUCACGAGAUAACGAGAACGAGCUGCGAGUACUCUUUUAAUCAUCGUCCGCUUAUUCCGCAUCCAGUGUCAAUCUAACCAUUCGUCACGAUGGAACAACCCGCAUAUGAAGACAAUUUAAUCGUACGUGGUGCACCAGCACCAGCUGAUCUUACGUUGGGAUCACGAUCUCUCGGUGAACUGUUUCUGAAAGUGCUCCGUAAGACUCCGGCCAGUGUGGCACUGGUUGAUGGUGUAACUGGUAAGGAGUAUUCGUACGCCGAGGUGCUGGAGCGUUCGUGUCAGCUGGCCGCUUACCUGCAGGAUCACAACAUUAAGCGCGGUGAUGUGGUGGCAAUAGUGGCCGAAAACCGUAGCGAGUACCCGAUCACGAUCAUUGCACUGUUGGCGGUUGGAGCUACUGUCGCACUGUUCAAUCCAAGUUACACCUCACGCGAACUCGUACAUGCGUUGAACGUUGCCUGUCCGAAGCUUGUGUUCGUUUCAUCAUUGGCCAGUAGCGCACUGCUGAAAGCUAGCCGAUCUGUCAAGCAGGGCUUCAGCGUUAUCUCUUACGAUGCACUGGAACGUUGGACAACCUUUGGUCAAUGUUUGCAGCGAUCAAACAGACGCUGUACUGCCGAUUCAUUGCAACCAGAACCGGUAGAUAUUGCCGACGAAGUGGCUAUCAUCGUGAUGUCCUCCGGUACGACUGGUUUACCGAAGGGUGUUCUUAUCACUCACCGUAAUGUGAUGGCUACGAUGGCUAACGUGCGAGAGGCACUGGAUAAAGGGUUCCCGCUACAUUGCAGUCUCGAUGUGCUGCCCUGGUUCCAUGUGGCUGGCGGUAUGUCCAUGGUAAGCUGGCUCGGUGCUAACCUUACCGUGGUCUAUCUGCCACGAUUCGAACCACACACUUACCUGCGCUGUAUCGAACGGUAUCGACCGAGCUUCCUUAACAUGGUGCCACCGAUUGUGGUCUUCCUGGCGAAACACGCGGCCGUACUCGAGUACGAUCUGUCCUCGGUGCAAACGAUCGCCUGUGGAGCGGCACCUCUCAGCCGGGAAGUAGAAGAAUUGAUCUUUGCACGGCUACCGGGUAUACGCAUCCGACAGGGUUACGGGAUGAGCGAAACUACCCAAGCAAUCACAUUCUACGAUAGUGACGUACCCAAACCGGGUAGCAUUGGUAAAGUGCGUGCCGGUCAGCUCGGCAAAGUGGUCGACCCUGAUACGGGCCGUGUCCUUGGUCCCGGACAACACGGUGAGCUUUGCUUCAAGGGUACCCUGAUCAUGAAAGGUUACAUCGGAGCAGAACGUGUAAUCGAUGCUGAUGGAUGGCUGCACACCGGCGAUAUUGGGUAUUACGAUGCUGAUGGGGAUUUCUUCAUCGUGGAUCGGUUGAAGGAGUUGAUCAAGUAUAAAGCAUUCCAGGUAGCACCGGCUGAGUUGGAAGCAUUGCUGUUAAGCCACCCGGGCGUGAAAGAUUGUGCAGUAGUUGGCAAAACAGACGAGCGUGUUGGUGAACUACCGACAGCAUUUGUAGUAAAAGCCGAGGGUAUUUCGGUCUCAGAGGCACAGCUAGUACGGCACGUUGAAGAACGAGUGUCGAACGAGAAACGAUUGCGUGGAGGAGUUAUGUUCGUUGAGGAGAUUCCAAAGACGGCGAGUGGCAAAAUCUUGCGCCGCACGUUACGUGAGUUGGCAAAUCAGAAGGCAAAGUUGUAAUUAUGUUAAGGUGUAGGUUAAACAAACCAUAAAUACAUACUUAACAGCCUUUUCAUUAUUCAACAAUUAAUUUUAGUUAAAUAAUUAUUAUAUAAAUUUGUCAGAACUUUUUCAUUAUUUUUUAUAAUGCAGUAGAGUAGAAGCAUUAAUUUCGAUAAAAUGAUCGAUAAUGUAUGUACAUAAAAGUAACUAUUUACAAUUUGUAUGGUUUACACUUUUGGGAAAGUGGGAUUUAGGGACAUUGAUAAUAUAAAAGUAAAUACAAUUCACUCAACCGUAUUAGCCACCUCUGGUAGUAAUAAUGUUAAUGAAUUUAUUUUUUUUAUAUAGAUAACAUUACGUUUGAAGUUUGUUUUAACAACUUAAUGUACAGAUAUUAUUCGACAACUAAAAUAAAAAUAUUAAUAUUGUACGACUCGGCAACACUGUCAGUCUUGGUAUAAAUCAUAACUAAACCAUACUCUCCGUACGAACAUUUUAUUAUACAAAUAUGAACAUUUCAAACCACAAAAGGAUAAACAGAAAAUAAACCUCAAAGGAGGACAAAUUCGAACUCGGUUACAGGAUCAAAUAAGACUAAGAGAAAAUACCAAAUUGUUUACAAACUAAUACUCCCUGCUUUCAAAAUAUUUCAAAAAACAAAGUGAAUAAUUAAUAAAGAAGUACUUACCAUGUCCCAUCCUGAAA